AUGAGGAGUAAAAACAAUGUAGAAAGUUCUCGAAUUGUGCUGAAGCGGAGAUUGCGGGUUCAAGUCCCGUUGAUGAGCCAUUCCCACCUGAAAACCCAACUGAGUGACUACUUCCUGGACUACCCCAAGGUGAGGAUCGUUCGUGCCGAAGAACGCUUGGGCUUGAUGAGAGCUCGACUACUUGGGGCCAGAAGUGCCGUAUCCGAAGUCCUAACAUUCCUGGAUGCUCAUGUGGAAUGUACUGAAGGCUGGUUGGAAGCCCUCCUUGAUCCGGUAGCUCGGAGUUGGACAACGAUAUCAAUACCAACCGUCGAUUGGAUCGAUGAGAAGGAUAUGCGUCUGCGGUCGGAGCAAGCACCGAAAUUCUACGGGGCAUACGAUUGGGAUCUGAACUUCGGUUGGUGGGGAAGAGCUACUCGGAAGGUUCAACCGGAGAAUACUUUCGAGCCAUUCGAUGUUCCUGCUAUGUCUGGUGGGUUGUUUUCCAUAACGAGAAGCUUCUUUGAGCACGUCGGUUGGUACGAUGAAGGUUUUGAGAUUUAUGGGAUAGAAAAUAUUGAGCUUUCAAUGAAGAGUUGGAUGUGCGGAGGAAAGAUGGUAACGGUUCCAUGCUCGAGAGUAGCUCAUAUCGCCAAAGCCGGUCAUCCUUAUAUGAUGCAAUCGCCGAAAGAUUACGUGAGAGCGAAUUCCCUCCGAUUGGCCGAAGUAUGGAUGGACGAGUAUAAGCAGGUGAUCUUCGACAUCUAUGGAAUCCCAAAGUAUCCGGUUGAUGACGCUGGAGAAGUAUGCUUGAGGAAAGAAAUUCGGAAGAAGGCCAAUUGCAAAUCUUUCAAAUACUACGUUCAAACAGCUUUUCCGGAAAUGCACUCGCCUGCUGUCAAAGGGUGGUUUCGAGGAGAGAUGAAAAACAAAGCCCUGGGUGACAACAUGUGCCUGCACUACAAUAAGGAGGAAAACUUCCUGGGCAUGCGGGUGUGUGACCAUCAAGAGCGCAAUCAAUAUUGGACACACAGCUACUAUCGGGACAUUAACAGUCGAAAGAAUUGUCUGGAUUAUCUGGGCUUUGGGAACGGGAUCCAAGUCUUUGGAUGCCAUCGGCAGCGAGGGAACCAGGGUUGGGAAAAUGUCAACGGCACGGGGCAGUUCCGAAACAUAAAACACAACAAGUGUUUAGGGUUGGAUGUGAGCGCCAAUAAUACACUGAUGGCCGAGGAUUGUGAUGCGAAAAAAGAUUCUCAAAUGUGGUUGGUGAAAGAGAUCACCAUGGAUGUGUCUAUAUUUUCUCCGUAG